AUGAACGGCAGCCAACCCCCCGAAGCGCAACAGCCGACGCCCGAAUCACCGGCCGGCACCAAUGGGCACAGCAACAACAGCAGUAGCAGCCUGGCAGCCAAGAAGCGCAAGAAGGAUGGACUGAAGCCCAUCAUUACCAUGGAGGGAUCGGGCCCUCAGACCCCUGGGCGGCUGGCGCGUUCCGAGGCCCGCGGAGAACGGACUCCUCUUACCUUGGGUUUCUUCUGCAUCUCCGAUUACCCUGUUGCUGGGCGGGCCGUCCGUGGCAUGUGGCAAGGCCAUGGGCAUAGACCACGGGCAUGGGCAUGGGCAGGAGAGAGGUUGGCGGGCAUCGACAUUGGGAACGAGAUUGGCCCCCGGGCCUGCCUUAUUGCCUACUACUCCGCCGACUGCGACUGGCCUGAGCUUGGGCCAGGGUACCCAAAGGAAAGCCCAAGCUCAGGCCCGAACCCGAGCCUGAUUAAGAGAGCGACCGCACUGCACAGCUAG